AGAUCAUACCUCUCAUAACACUUGUGGAUAAUACUCGAGUCCGGGAACGAAUAGAAAUGAUUGAAAAGGAUCAAUGCGAAUAUACAUUGGAUGAUGAAGACAGGAAGGUGCAAGAUUUGAUUCUGAAACCUGAUCCCUCCCGAAAGGAUACCAUUGCCUUGAAGAAAACCCUUUCUUGUUCGUACCCAAACUUGCCCAUUGACGAGGCAAUAAUAAAGGAAAACGAGAAGCUUCAACUAGAACUACAAAAUUCACAAGCUAACUUAGAUGUUUGCCACUGUGAAAUGAUCCAGCACUUGCUCGAUGUUGCAGAAGCUGUUGCAAUUUAUCCGUAUCCUGAUAAGAGUUCUCCCAUAAAAGAGUCCAAGGUGGAUCAGGAUUAUGUACAUGUCAAUAGUGAGGAAGGACACUAUGAUGAUAACUACACUAAGAGUGACCAGAAAUUGGCAACUUCGAGAAACACUUCUUCAGUUUCCUCUGGGAAGGAUUUGCUGUCUUCUAAAGGUUCACAUCUCUUUGAUGAAUGGCAUUCGGAUUUACUCGGCUGCUGUUCGGAACCUCUUCUGUGCAUAAAAACUUUCUUUUUUCCUUGUGGCACAUUUUCUAAAGUCGCCUCAGUGGCGAAUAACAGGCACAUCUCUUCUGCAGAAGCCUGCAACGACUUGAUGGCUUAUUCGUUGGUAUUUUCGUGCUGCUGUUAUACAUGUUGCAUCAGAAGGAAGCUUCGAAAAACGCUUAACAUCACGGGUGGCUUAUUUGACGAUUUUCUCUCCCAUUUGAUGUGCUGCUGCUGUGCCCUCGUCCAAGAAUGGCGAGAAGUGAAGAUUCGUGGAGUUGAAGGUCAUGAUGAGAUAAAAACGAAUCCUCCAACUUUCCAAUACAUGGAAUCCUGAAUACCUGAAUUUUCGAAUAUAUGUUAACUUGUUUGUUGUACAGAAGUCAUUUGUCGAGUUAGUAGCUAGCCGUUGGUUAAUAGUUGCUUCAUGUGGAAUUUGUAUUGUGUUUUCGAACUCACCAUUCUGUAAAGUGUCCUUUUAAAAUUGUACUAGCUACAGGGAUUCUUUUACAUGAAAUGAAAUUUCUAGUGGUUUGAGUUUGUAGCUUUA